AUGGUGUACAAUUUUAAAGUGUUUAAAAAGUGUGCGCCCAACGGCAAGCUCACGCUGUACAUGGCCAAGCGUGAGUUCGUCGACCACAUCUCCUUCGUGGAACCGAUAGAUGGCGUGGUUAUGCUGGACGAGGAGUACGUCCGCGCGCGCAAGGUAUUCGCACAGGUGGUAUGCACGUUCCGCUACGGCCGCGAAGAAGACGAGGUCAUGGGCCUCAAUUUCUACAAGGAGUUGUACCUCGCCUCGGAGCAGGUCUACCCGCCACCGGAGAAGCAAUCUUACGAGCUCUCCAAAACACAGGAGCGACUGGUGCGUAAGCUGGGUGCGAGUGCGUACCCGUUCCGUCUGACGGUGCCAGCAGGCGCUCCAGGCUCCGUCACGCUGCAGCCUGCGCUAGAGGACGAGGGCGAGCCCUGCGGCGUGCACUACUACGUGAAGCUCUUCGUCGGAGACAGCGAGAUCGACCGCUCUCACCGCAGGAGCACGGUGGCAUUGGGCAUCCGCAAGGUGCAGUAUGCGCCAAGCAAGCCAGGCCCUCAGCCCUGCACCGUCGUGCGUAAGGACUUCGUGCUGUCGCCCGGGCAGCUGGAGCUGGAACUCACGCUCGACAAGCAGCUGUACAUACACGGUGAGACGAUCGCGGCAAACAUCUGCAUACGCAACCACAGCAACAAGGUAGUGAAGAAGAUCAAGGCGUGCAUUCAGCAGACGGUGGAUGUGUUACUACUGCAGAAUGGACAGUACCGCAAUAUAGUCUGCAGCCUCGAGACGCAGGACGGGUGCCCGCUGCAGCCGGGCGCCAGCCUGCAGCGCGUGCUGCCGCUGACGCCGUCGCUGGGCACGCUGCGCGACCGCCGCGGCAUCGCGCUCGACGCUCAGCUCAAGCGCACCGACGCUACGCUCGCCUCCACCACGCUGCUGCUGGAUCCGGAUCAACGCGACGCGUUCGGCAUCGUGGUGAGCUACAGCGUCAAGGUCAAGCUGUACCUGGGAGCGCUGGGCGGCGAGCUCACCGCAGAGCUGCCCUUCAUACUUAUGCACCCCAAGGAAGGCCGCACCAAGCUGAUCCAGGCGGACAGCCAGGCCGACGUGGAGCUUUUCCGCCAGGACACCGUGUACCACCAGGAGAGCGUCGAGGUGUAUUAG